AUGGAGGAGGAUCUUAUGGGCAAAGGGCCUCUCUCAAAGAUGGCUAUCGGGCAAAGUAAUGAGCCAACCGUGGAAUUAUCUGGACUGUCAGAAGACAGUUGUUCCAGUCCUACCCCAAAUCAAAGAAGGCGACCAGGCAGCAGUGAUGACGAAAGUGAUCUAAAUGACGACAAACUAUCCGAAGAACUUGAUGUACCACAGCUUGAUGGAUCAUUGACUCCCUGGAGAUCUAAACGUAAUGCCUUAGAAUGUGAUAAUCAGCCGAGACUGCCGGGAACGUACCUUGAUACAUCAUUUGUCAGUGAACGUUCUCAUAAUAAUGACAAUUCUGAAUGGCUUCCCGUCAAUUACGAGCCUACAUCCCCCAUCAACUCUCGACCCCAUACCCGUAACUCUCUAUUUUCAGAGGGUUAUUUAAAUGGUUUACCUGCUGCUUCUGCGUCGUCCUCUUCCGAGUUGGAACAGAUGCAGAAACAACUAACGAACUAUAAACUAAGGAUAAAAGUUUUAACUGAAGUCACAAAGGAGAUAAAUCUACAAGGUGAUCGAGGAGCUAAAAACCUCUCUAUAGGUAAGCCACUUUAUGAUCAAAUUCUUCAUUCCUUUUCGAGCAGUGAUCGGCCUGACAAACUCCCUCAAGAAGUUGAAGAUCUUAAACAAAAGAUUAAACAUAAAGAUGAGGAAAUUACUGAACUUACGCAGGAACUAUUGUCAAUAAAAAAAGAGUAUACAUCCGUUUUGGAAGACAUUAACGCAUAUCUCGAGCAAUCUGACAUGAUAGCUGGAAGAAUUGAUAGCAUAUUAGAAGUUCUUAUGGAUAAUGAUAGGCUCAGCAAUGAGGAAAGGGCUUCAAUUAGCGAGUCGCGCUCUCUUUCUGCUCACUACCUCGAUAUUAAAUUGGAGUCUUUAAACACGUCCCUUAGAAGUUUGGCAAAUAAAGAGAAAAAAGCUAUAUCACUAGAGGAAUCUAACUCGACUGCAAUUUCUAUGAACGAAACAUCCGUUGGUAGUAUCUCGAUGAUUGAUAGCCGCUUAGAGUCCGCUAUUGAAAGUAUGCAUCAUGAAUAUCGCGCUUUCUUGCAAACUCUACGGGCAAAGUUAGAAAAUAGCCGAAAGAUCGAAAACGUUCUUGGAGAUAAGCUCGAGAGACAAAGGUUUCUACUAGGUAAAUUCAUUGAAAUGAACCGAAAGUUGGAGAGAAAUGGGUCUUCCGAUUCAAACAAAAUAUUUGAGAAAUCCGAAAUCGGUCGAACUUCGACAGAAUCCGCUUCAAAUGAGGAAAAAAGUUCAAAUGAAUCACAGUCAGAUAGUUCUAAGAAGUCUAAUUCUAAUGAAACAAAUAUUCUACAAUCUUCUUACGGUGAUAUUUUAGUUCGUACUAACACAAAUACUGAUGGGAUAUCUGGUCACGAUUUAGACAAUAUUCAGUUAGAGAAUUACCAUUUGAAAGAAAAUCAAAAAGACUGGGAAAGUGAAAGAGACUCUUUGAAAUCAAACCUUUCGAGAGCUAAAGAGGAUGUAAAGGCUCUCCAAAACAAAGUGGGGAAUCUGGAGAAUGAGCUUAUCGAACUUCAAGAAGAGUAUGAAAAUGCAGUUUCAGAUUUAGAGAAGACGUUACAAAGGGCAGUCAGAAAAUCAAGCUCAUACAUAACUGAAAAUCAAAAUUUACAUGAACAACUGAGACAACUUCAGCAGGAAUCACUUUCCCUAAUUAAUCGCAACGAUAAGCUCCACCAAACUGUUCAAUCCUUGACUCAAAACAUUACGGAUUUUAAAAGGCUUGAAUCAGAGCUCGAUAAAUUCAAAAGACAUUUGUUACUACACCUCAAUAACAUGUUUGAUGUAUUUGAUAAAAUACUCCAAAAAAGCUCUAUUAUCCAAGCUAAAAACAAGCUCAAAAAUAUUGAAUCCAUUGAUACACUUAAACAUUUCAAGACGACGCAUGUGAAACUUGAAUCGCUGUACGUUUUCAUUGAAACAGCGGUAGAUUCUAUUGUGGAAGAACACGCGAAAAUGCUUCUCAAGGAGAGGGAAAGAACAAUAAAUAAUUCGUAUGACAAUCCAGAGGAAGAGCAAAGUUCGAGACUGAGAAUUGAAUUGCUUGAACGCAAAUGGACAGCGGAAAGAGAAAGGCGGAAGUUGGACGCUGAAGCUGCAGAAAGUCGCAUUGCACAGCUUGAAGCAGAAAAUGAAUAUUUGCAGCGAAGGUUGCAGAAUAUUAGUAGCGCUUCACCUUAA